AUUUUGCUCAAGUCCCAAAAAACCAAUACCUACCUUUUGUUUGUUGCGCAAUACGAGCUAAAUAAACAAUUCAUAUUUAAAUUUGCAGUAAUUUCUCCAAUAAGCUGAAAUAGCAAAGCAAUUUGUGAAAGUUACGUUUACAAUGUCGCAAGAUAGUUUCAUGAACAAAAUUCGCUCAUUUUUGGGCAUACCGACAGAACCUCCUAGAAACGACUUUAGGAAUCCCAUUUGGGGCUCGGAUGAUGACGACGAUGAUGUCGACGAGUUGUAUACAAGAGAUCGCAUGGAAAAUUUUAGCGACCCGCUGCAAAUGCACAGAGAAUUGUUUCAACAAAUGCAUGAGAUGUUCAGUAAUUUUGGAACUCUGUUCGGCGAAAUGGGGUCGUUCUUUAACGAUGAAAACUUCCGUUCCCUCGGUACGAUGACCGUCGUACCCGAAAUCGAGGAGCACCCAGAACAUUUUGAUAGCAAUCGCAUCAGAGAUUACUACCUUAAGCCGGGCUUCCAGAAACCUAAACUCGGUCAGCCCAAGGAGGAUGUCGACCUGGACGGAAAAAUAAGCUCCAACGAUAUAUCCGACAUGCUCCAGCUGAAGGACAGACAGCCCAACUCCCCAUCUUCAUUUUAUGGUGAAGUACUGCCUGGCAGGUCAGUGAGGAGGACAAUAAUAACAACGAGCAUCACCAAGCCAGAUGGCACCAUAGAGACGAGGAGGAUUGUUAAAGAUGGAAAUGAAGUGUUGGAGGAGACCAUAACAUCUACGGAUCCAUCGAGAGGUCCGUACAAUCCCAGCACGGGUCCCAUCGAUGCCUCUCACAUCUUCUCCCAGCUCUCCUCCUUUUUCCGGAACUUUCACUAACAUUUACUCAUACCAUUUUAGGUUUUUGUAAUUUUUGUGAUAAUAGUAAUUUUAUAUAUUGUAUUUAAUUUUAAACUAGUGGUGUUCUUAAAUUUUUAUGUGAUAGUAAUUUGUAGUAUUUUAUUCUUUAAAAUUUUUUAUAGUUAUAGUUAAGUGGUUGAUAAAGGAGAGGCUCACUGUACCUUUAUGUACUGGUAAACUUCCUGAAGCAAUUUAGUAACAUAACUCACUUUUAUGGACAAAAUUGUAUAUUUUUUAAUUAUACAUGAUUUCUGUAACUUCAGUCACUUUAAAGAAAUUGUAUUUAUAAUUUGUUUCAUAAUAAAUAAUAUUGGACAUUCAAAUAUUACCGUCUACAAAUUUUACUAAAAAUUAGACAAUUAAAAGUAAACAGUUAUGUAGUACCACGAAGCUAAUACUAAGUAUUAGCUCCGUGUGUAGUACCUACUAUCAUAAUUUUAAAAAUGUACAAUGAAAUGUUCUGCCAAAACCUUGCACUUUUAAUCAUAAAAUUUAAAAGUAGAAUAAAAUCUACCUAGUAUAUUUUAUUGUAUUAACUAAGAGUAUAGAACAGUUAAAGUCACCAACAUCUUGAAAAUGUUUCAAAUAUUUCAUUAUUAGUUUAUGGUUUACUAACUUCAUUAGAAUUCAAUAUUUAGCAAUAAAGAAUACAUUUCUAGCAUUUA